AAGAUCUGCUCAACCUUAGGCAGUCAGAUAAACCACCAUUGGCAUAAAUGUAGGCUUGCUACUGACUACAGAUUCAGACAUCGAGAUUUGUAUCGUCUUUUCUGUUUCGAUUCAGCCGAGUCCUUCUUACCAUCGUUCUUUCCUUCUCGGCUAAUCACAAUGUCUUCACGAAAUUGUGAUGACAGCACUCCGGGUGUAUGCCAUGGUGGACGACCUGAUCUGACCUUGGGCCUCGAAGAUUAUGUCUUGAUCCUUAUACCGGCAGCAUGUCUGUUGUUCAUGGCACCCGUGAGGCUAAGGAGGAUAUGGGGUCGAAGUCGCAAGGUUGUCACACCCACUGCGCUGUGGUGGGCUAAAACGAUAUCGUCUACAUCGUUCGUCGCCCUAAGCUUAGCAGUCCUUAUUCGAGGUUGUAUCCGUCCGCAAACACCAUCGGCAGAGAUCCCUGCAGAAGUAUUCUCGUUUCUGGCGUCACUCGUUGCAGCUGUUUUGUCACAAUGGGAACACAUACGAUCCAUCAAACCUAGCGCCUUGCUGCAGCUGUAUCUGAUGGUUGCUCUCGUGGUUCAAGCGGUACACGUCCGCUCUCUCUGGCUGCGGGAUGAGGACAACAUAAAAAGGGACCUCGGGAUCGGUCAGAUUGUUGCAUGCGCCCUUUUCCUUGCAGUGGAAAGCGUGAGCAAAGAAUCCAUCUUAUUGCACCGCCAGAAGCGCAGUCCACAGGAUACUAACGAUAUGUUCAGUCAGCGCUUGUUUUGGUGGCUCAACAACAUGUUCAAGCGUGGAUACAGCUCCGUGCUUGCUCCCACUGAUCUUGACAAGAUGGACGAGGAUCUAUCAUCUACCGAUCCGCAGCGAAGAUUCAGACUGCAAUGGCGCAAGCAUUCAACAAGAAACCCACAAGUCGGCCUGCUACGCGUUGUUUUUAGUGCGAUUGGGUACGACAUGAUGUUUCCCGUCAUUCCUCGUCUACUUCUACUCGCGGUCCAAUUCUCUCAGCCAUAUCUUAUCCUGCGUUUCGUCCAAUACAUCGAUAACCCGUCAGAGGGUGGAACAGAGGAAGGCAUCUUGCUUGUGAUCGCCACUGCCUUGGUCUAUGUGGCCAUUGCAACUUUUCAGGCCUGGUACUGGCAGUCAGUCGUGCGCUUCCAGACAAAACUUCGAGGAUGCCUGAUCAGUCAAAUUCACGACAAAGCUCUGCGUUCUCGAGUUGACGUCAAGUCCAACCCUCUGAUGCUCAUGAACGUUGAUGUUGAGAAGGCACUUUUUGGCAUCAGACCAAUUCACGAGUUCUGGGCCUGCGGCCUCUCAAUCGUAGUCGCUCUGGGUCUUUUGUAUGUUCAAGUAGGAGUGCCAUUUGUGGCUCCACUCAUACUUCUUGUGGUUUUCAUCACGAUAUGCUCCACGAACGGCAAGAACAUUGCCCCCAAAACAAAGCUUUGGCUUGCUGCAACACAAGAACGCGUCUCUUAUAUCACCAGCGUCAUUGGCUCGAUGAAGAACAUCAAGUUGCUCGGGAUCACUCCAUUUGUUCUUGCAAAGGGCAAUAACCUGCGCGAAAAGGAGAUCCGUGCUCAGAGAGCUAUUCGCGUGUCGUCCAUGAUUAACCUGGUCAUAUCACUUGUCAACUUCCAAGCAGCCACACUCGUGAUGUAUGGAGCUUUUGCGAUCAAGACUCAUAUCACCGGAGUGCCCUUGACCAAUUCGACUCUUUUUACGUCAUUGGCUGUGUUGAAGUUGUUCACCAUGCCACUGCUGAUGACCAUUCAAUUUCUCCCUUCUUUGUUGCAGAUGUUUGCUGCACUCGCCAGAAUACAGGAAUAUCUUGUCACACAAGACCAUUCGGAUCAGCGAACCAUAGACUCGGAAGCAAUGACACACGGGCGAAAUAUCAAAACGGGCAUCUCGAUCUCAGAGGCGAGUGUCGUUGCGCAGAUCCGGGCACUGAGCUGUGGCUACUCUGAGGACAGCUCGAUGCUGAAGGACAUUACUCUCGACUUGCAACGUGGGAAUCUCAACAUGGUCGUUGGAAGUGUCGGGUCCGGCAAGUCCACUUUGCUCAAAGCCUUGCUAGGCGAGGUCACCAUCAACAGUGGCUCGAUAACGAUCGCGGAUGACCAGAUUGCAUUCUGCAGCCAAAAUCCUUGGCUCUGGAAUGGCACUAUCCGAGAGAACAUUGUAGGUGCUGACAUAGCCGACAACUCUUGGUUGACAAAAGUCUGCUGGGCUUGUGGACUGGACCAAGACUUCCAAGAACUGCCAGAUGGUAUCGACACUCGUGUCGGUAAUGAUGGCACAGCUUUGAGUGGUGGUCAGAAAAACCGUAUCAGUUUGGCGAGAUCAGUCUACUCUCGUAGAUCGUUGAUGGUGCUUGAUGAUGUACUCGCUGGGCUGGACACCCGCACUGAGCGCCUUGUGUUCAAUCGUGUCUUGGGACCCCAAGGCCUUUUGCGAAAAAUUGGGAGUGCUGUCGUGCUUGCAACCCACGCCAUUGGUUGGCUACGUUAUGCUGAUACGGUACUUGUCAUCGAGAACGGCAAAUUAAGUUAUCGCGGCAAACCGGAAGAUGCACCUGCAUCGUUCAUACGAAGUCAUGCUGGCCAGCCAGAGUACGAGGCAGAAGACGAAAGCGACAAUACCAGCCCGGCCGACAUCCCAAUGAAGACAUCCCGAUCGUCAAGCGUGUCAUCUUCAAUCACUAAGCGACAAGCAAACUGGCAGUUGUACAAGUCUUACUUCAAAUCAUUUGGAAGAUUUGGCUUCAUCAACUUCACAUUCCUGAUUAUAGGCUUUUCUGCACUACAGUGUGUACAACAGCUCGUUCUCAAGUGGUGGGCUGGAGCAGAGGCAACGAGUCCUUCUGAGCUUGGCAAAUGGGUAGGCAUUCUGGGAGCCAUCACCCUCAUCUUUGUGGUCGAUGUCUUCUUGACCCUCUGGGCUGGUUUCAUUGUCUAUUUCCCCAAAUCUAGCUUGUACCUGCAUCUUCAGCAAUUCACCGCGCUUGUCAAGGUCCGCUAUUCAGCUUGGGGUGGGAAAGAGACUGGAAGCAUCACCAACCGAUUCUCGCAAGACAUAUCCAUCAUCGACGGUCAACUUGCAAACGCUUUGCUCAACGUCCUGGCAGGCAUAUUCGACGUCAUCGCGAUGACUUCUAUUAUUAUCGUGGCUACUCCGUUCAUUGCCGCAACUAUACCGCCUCUAGUUGCCGUUUUCUGGAUCAUUCAGAAAAUUUACCUGCGUACUGGAAAGCAGCUGCGUAUCAUGGACCUUGAGGCAAAAGCUCCACUAUGCACACACUUCUUGGAGACAGUCACUGGCGCUGCAACUAUCAAAGCGUUUGGUUGGCCCAAGUCAUACAGAGAGAAGAAUGACAAGUUGCUAGAAGAAAGCCAAACACCAUACUAUCUGCUCGAAUCUGUGCAAAAUUGGCUGUCCCUCGUGCUCAAUCUUGUUGUUGCUGGCCUAGCGACAGUGACAAUGGCCAUAGUCGUGAAGCUCAGAUCUACCAGUGACGCGGGUUACGUUGCUUUGGCCUUGAUUAACAUCAUGGACAUCGGUCCCAUUCUCGAGAUGCUGGUCGUAGCUUGGACACAACUUGAGACCAGUAUGGGAGCCAUCGCUCGCAUGAAGGAGUUCAUGGAAGACACACCAGAAGAAGAGCAGGGCAAGAUAAAUCCUCCCUCAGACUGGAUGACAGAAGGCGGUAUCACCAUCAGCCGUCUCGAAGCUUCUUACUCCGACAUUGCACCUUCGACGAUCAAGGAUAUCGACCUUCAGAUACAGACUGGCCAAAAGAUCGCCAUCUGUGGCCGCACUGGAAGUGGAAAAUCAUCACUCGCGUCCGCCGUCUUCGGUCUUCUCCACAUCAGCAGUGGGCACCUCAAAAUCGACGAUGUAGAUGUUACACAAGUGUCGCAAGAACUCCUUCGCUCCAAGAUGAUCGCGCUGCCACAAGACGCUUACUUCACAACCGGUACCGUACGAGAAAACCUCUCACUUCGCCAAACAGACACAAAACGCAGCGAUACAGAGAUGUUGGAUGCACUUUCCCGUGUCGGCCUACUCACAAAAUUCGAAACACUGGCUUCUGCUGAUGGCUCGACGUGGCAGUCAGCUCUCGAUAUCGAGCUCAAUCCAGACGAUAUGCUGACGAAAGGCCAAACUCAACUCUUCGCCAUGGCUCGUGCGAUUCUGUCUUCUGGCUCCGUCGUCCUCGUCGAUGAAGCAACAUCAGGAUUGGAUCAUGAGACCGAAGCUACGGUGCAGAAAUUGCUCAGAGAAGAGUUCAAGGGUAAAACUAUCAUUGCUAUUGCGCAUCAUUUGCAAACAAUUGUGGAUUUUGAUGUCGUGGUUGUCUUGGAUAAUGGAAAGGUUGCUGAGAUGGGGAAGCCAAGUGAGCUUAUGGUUACGGAAGGCAGUUUGUUUGGAGACUUGCUUAGGGCUGCGAGUUGAUCAGAAAGUAAGAGCGACCUAGCUGUUGGCUUGGGAUGUAACGAAGAAAUGACUAGCGCGGCUUUGUGGAUACUGUCGAUAAUUGAUGACAAAAUUGCUAUACAUACUUAGCUACGACCAAAGGAUUGCACCAAGACCUAAAACCCAUCUAAGCCUUCCAUUGAAAGACCGAGUACACAGCUAGUUCUCGGAAUGCAGUGCAAGGAAGACUUUCUAUAGCCGUAUCACUUAAACAACAUUGUGGCU